GAGUCGGCCUGCAAGCCGCAAGGGGUCUUUGUUUGCGUUUCACGUUCGCGUCGCACGGUAUAGUCAGCGGCCGCGGCUCCAUCGUAUCGUAUCCGAGACGGAAUGUGCCCUCAUAAGUGGAAGUGCGGGUCUCGCUCCUCUCGGUGUAUGUGAGAUGUGGUACAGAGUGCCGGAGUGGCGCCGUCGUCGAGUGCAAGCUGUGGCGGUGCAAGUGCAGUGAAGUGCAGUGUGCGUGGUGCGUGCGCGUGCAGCGAGCGGCUCGGCCCGGCCACGGCGAGCGAGCGCGGAGGCGGAGGCGGCGGUGGCGGGAUCCGCGCGGCCAUGACCGGUGACAUGCCUCUGGGGAGCGCGCACGCGUUCGGGCGGGCGCUGCUGCGAGACGGGGCGCUGCCGCCGCUGGAGCCCGGGCCGCCAGCGCCGCCCGCGGCCGCCGCGCAGCCGCCCGACAAGCGGCCGCCGGCGGCAGCGGCCAGCCCCGAACAGGUCAUGAAACUCUACAUGAACAAACUGACCCCUUACGAACACCGCGAGAUAUUCGAUUACCCCCAAGUGUACUUCAUAGGCGCCAACGCGAAGAAGCGCCCAGGCCUGGUAGGUUUCCCGAACAAUUGUGAAUAUGACAACGAACAGGGCUCGUAUAUACACAUCCCGCACGAUCACAUCGCGUACCGGUACGAGGUGUUGAAGGUGAUCGGGAAGGGCAGCUUCGGUCAGGUGAUGAAGGCCUAUGAUCACAAGAAGAGAGAGAACUGCGCGCUGAAGAUGGUGCGCAAUGAGAAACGCUUCCACAGACAGGCUCAGGAGGAGAUUCGCAUACUGGAACACCUCAGAGAGCAAGAUAAAGACAACACGAUGAACGUUAUCCAUAUGUUCGACUCCUUCACCUUCCGCAACCACACUUGCAUCACAUUCGAGCUGCUCUCGAUAAACUUAUACGAGUUGAUACGAAAAAACAAGUUCCAAGGGUUUUCCUUGCAGCUUGUCCGCAAGUUCUCGCACAGUCUUCUGCAGUGUCUUCAUGCUCUAAACAAGAACAGGAUCAUACACUGCGACAUGAAGCCCGAGAACGUUCUGCUGAAGCAACAGGGACGCUCCGGAAUCAAGGUCAUAGACUUCGGUAGCUCCUGCUACGAGCACCAGCGCGUGUACACCUACAUCCAGUCGAGGUUCUACCGAGCGCCCGAGGUGAUGAUGGGAGCGCGGUACGGCAUGCCGAUCGACAUGUGGUCUCUAGGCUGCAUACUGGCCGAGCUGCUCACAGGGUUCCCGCUACUCCCCGGCGAGGACGAGGCGGACCAGAUGGCCUGCAUUAUCGAGCUACUCGGCAUGCCGCCGCAGAAGCUGAUCGAGCAGGGCAAGCGGUCCAAGAACUUCAUCAGCAGCAAAGGACUGCCGCGGUACUGCACCGCCAACACUAUGUCUGAUGGCUCCACGGUGCUCGUCGGAGGUAUGUCCAGAAGAGGCAAGCCCCGAGGCCUGCCCGGCUCGAAAACGUUCGUCACGGCCCUCAAGGGCUGCCAAGACAAAUUCUUUAUUGAUUUCAUUAGGAGAUGCCUAGAAUGGGACCCGGACAAGCGGCUGACCCCCGCGGCGGCGCUGCGGCACGCGUGGCUGCGGCGGCGCCUGCCGCGGCCGCCGCACGAGGAGGACGCCAACCACUCCGUGAGCCUGGCGGGCGCGGGGGCGGGGGCGGGGCGGGAGCGGGCGCGGCGCGCGCGGGGCUCGCUGCGCACGCCGCUGGCGCGCACGCCCGUCACCUUCAACGCCAACCAAGUCGCCAAAGCGAAACUGCAAGCGGCACUAUCGGAAGAGAGCGGAUCUAGCGCGGGCGCGAGCGGGCUGGGCGCGCGCUACUGGGCGGGCGGCAAGCUGCCGCACCUCCCGGUGUCCUCCCUGGAGGCGCCGCGGCUGGCGGCGCCGGGCGGCGCGCGGCUGGAGCUGGAGCGGCGCAGCCUCGACCUGGAGCGCGAGCUGCGCGCGCGCGACUCCGACGCCUCGCUCGACGACCGCGACCACCUCGUCUGA